AUGGCUCGGUCUGCUCGGCAAAGAUACGCAGAGAUCUUCAGAGAUGUGGAAGACUUGAUACUUGACCACAUUAAUCACCAGGAAACAUCAACGCGGUCGAAGCUCAGUAUGCUGGUCCCCACUAUCUCAACCUUCUUCACCCCUCUAGCUCUUGAGGACUCUUUCAAACAUCAAGAUGCAAUACGUGCCAUUUCCUCCCGUCGAUUUGUCGCCCCAUCAUUCAACGAUAUUCGUUUGAUCUUGAAUACCGCCCAAAUCUUAGCCAUGAUUCAGCCUAAGCCAUACCGGUCUCUAAAGACAAAGGUAAAGCCAGGCCUCGAGCUUCUCACCUUCGAUGGUGACGUGACCCUCUACGAAGACGGGGCAUCUCUGCACUCGCCGGAAUCAGAUCCUGUCAUUGCCAGACUCCUCCAUUUCCUAUCUCGAGGUGUAAGGAUAGGCAUUGUGACAGCUGCUGGGUACACACAGCCCCAGAACUACUUCAAUCGAUUAUCUGGCCUCCUCCUUGCAGUACAGUCAUCGCAAGAACUCACGCGCCAACAGAAGGAAAACCUCAUCAUCAUGGGUGGCGAGUCGAACUUCCUGCUCGUGUUUGACGAGACUGCAGAGCACUGUCUACGGUACAUCCCUCGCCGAGAGUGGAUCUUGGACGCUAUGAAUGACUGGAAUGAGCGAGCCAUCCAGUCAUUACUCGAUGUAGCUGAGACUGCCUUUCACUCCUGCAUUCGGACUCUGCAUCUGCAGGCAAAAGUCUUACGGAAGGAACGAGCAGUAGGCAUUUACGCAGCAGAUCAGUCACAGAAGCUGACCCGUGAGCAACUGGAGGAGACCGUUCUUGUUGUGCAGCAAGUGGUGGAGGCAUCACUGAAUGCUCCUGGGACAGGAGGUAAAGCCAUUCAUGCUGACAUUCCGUUCACGGUGUUCAAUGGAGGGGCCGAUGUUUUCCUGGACAUUGGGGACAAAUCAUUGGGGGUUCAGUCAUGUCAGAAAUGGUUCGGAGGGAUUUCCCCGUCGAGCACACUCCAUGUCGGCGAUCAGUUCUUGAGUGGCGGAGGCAAUGAUUUCAAGGCUCGCAGCGCUUGUUGCUGCGCAUGGAUUGCAAGUCCGGUGGAAACUGUGGCCUUGCUUGAUGAGAUGAUAGCGCUCGCAGGCCAUUCGUGA